UCUAUCUCUAUCUCUAUCUCAAUCUGAGUGCCACUUCAAUUCAGACAGAUUUAACCCAAUUAACCAACCAUCCAUCAGAUCUAAUUUUCUUCAUAAUAUCGAUCAAAAUUACUACAAUGGGGGAUGAUGAUCGUAAGGUGAUCUUGCUGGGCACUGUUCACAGCAUGUUCGCGAUUAGGGUCAGAGUCGCUCUGGCCGAGAAGGGCGUCGACUACGAGUUCAGGGAGGAGGAUUUGAGCAACAGAAGCCCUCUUCUCCUAAAGUCAAACCCUAUCCACAAGAAAAUCCCUGUCCUCAUCCACAACGGCAAACCCGUCUGCGAGUCCCUCAUCAUCGUCGAGUAUAUCGAUGAGGUCUGGAAAGAUAAGUCUCCAUUGUUACCCUCUGAUCCCUACCAGCGAUCCCAGGCCAGGUUCUGGGCAGAUCUUAUCGACAAAAAGGUGUAUCCCUCGACAAGAAAGCUUUUGGUGGGGAAAGGGGAAGAGUACGAGGCAGGCAAGAAAGAGUUCAUCGAAGCUCUGAAGCUGUUGGAGGAGCAGUUAGGGGACAAACCCUACUUCGGAGGAGAUCAACUCGGGUUUGUCGAUGUGGCCUUGCUGGCAUACCAGUGCUGGUUUCAGACAUACGAGACUUUAGGCAAUCUCAGCAUCGAAGAGCAUUGCCCCAACCUCGUGGCGUGGGGGAAACGCUGCAUGGAGAGGGACACUGUCGCCAAGUCCUUGGCGGAUCCUAACGACAUUUAUGAGCUUGUCUUGUCUUUCAGGAAUAACCUCGGCCUGUAAAUGUAAUCAUCUUGUUCAUUGUCGUCUUGUGUUUUUGCCUUUCUAGUUUUGUUUUUGUUCUUCCUUUGGGAUUGUUGUUGCGGUUCACUUUCGUGGGUCACAUACGAUUUCUUGUUUCUGAAUAAAUUAAUUCUAAGGUUUGUUA